AUGGUUGAUUUUCAUGACAAUGUUUCUGGGGAUGGAGUCGGAGGAGGUGAAUUUGGGGAUUAUCUUUAUGACAAUGGAAUUGGUGAUGGAGUUGGAGAAGGUGAAUUUGGGGAUGAUUGUUAUGACAAUGGUACUGGGGAUGGAGUUGGGGAAGGUGAAAUUGGCGAUGAUUUGUACUGUCCUAACUCUGUUGAUGAUAUGUCAUUAGAUAUGUGUGUUCCUCCAAUGUCACCAAUCCGUGAUGGGCAAUGCAGUAAUGUAAUUGAAUAUCGUUCUCCAAUUAAGACUGUAGUCUCAACUAACAGGGAUGUAGAGAAGUAUUACAAACAGUAUGGUGAGCAGGAGGGUUUUGGUGUUUCAAGGGUGCAAGCAACCAAAUUGAAAGUAACCAAUGAGCGUUUGACUACAACGUGGAAGUGUGAGUGUUGGGGUGCACCUAACAUGAGGGCUAAGAGAGAGGCCAAAAAUAGGGCUAAAUCAAUGGAUGUUGCUGGCUGUGGUGAUAAGGUUAAUGGAGUUAUUGGGGCAGAUAAACUUAGUCGAGGGAAGAGAAAAUUAAAGAAAUGCGAAUGUGGUGCUACUAUAUAUGUUGGGGUGAAUGCAAAAGGGGACUGGGAGGUAAGGAAGGUGAUUAAUGUGCACACACAUGAUGUUAACCCCAGCAUGUCCAAGUUAGUCAAAGAGUAUAGGAUGAAGAAUUACACUGCUAAUGUGAAGAAGGUGUUGCUUAAUUUUUAUGAAGAGGGGGUGUAUGUGUCCAAAAUUUGCAAAGGGUUAUUGCAUGAGAAAGAGGAGGAGGAAUUUCCCAGCUUUAAGGACAUGCAGCAUGAGGUGUAUAAAGCAAAAAGGCUGAAAUUUGAGGGAGGAGAUGCUAAUCCCAUGAUGACGUAUUUUGAGUGGAUGCAAGAGGAUAAUCAAAACUUUUAUCACACUCAUCGGUUAGAUGAAUUUGGUCGCUUGAAGGAUGUUUUAUGCGUAGAUGCGAGAAGUCGGGCAGCAUAUGAGUAUUUCGGGGAUGUAGUUUGUUUUGAUGCUACAUACCUUACUAACCAAUAUGAACUCCCGUUUGUAAACUUUGUGGGCGUCAACCAUCACGGGCAGUCCAUCCUUUUGGGUUGUGCCUUAGUGUCCCGAGAAACCACUGAGACGUACAAAUGGGUUUUCCAGCAGUGGUUGGCUUGCAUGGAAAAUAGAGCCCCCGUAGCUAUUUUGACAGAUCAAGCUGCUUUAAUGCGCAAUGCAGUGGCUCAAACGAUGCCAACUGCCAGGCACAGGUGGUGCAUAUGGUACAUUGUUAAGAAAUUUUCAGAAAAGCUUGGCAAAUGCAAGGGGUUCAAAGAUUUCAAGAGUCCCUUGAAGGCAAUAAUAUAUGAGAGCUUCACUGUAGAAGAAUUUGAUAGAAGGUGGUGUGAAUGCAUGAAAAAAUUCAGUCUUGAGGAUAAUGAAUGGUUGGUUGGUCUAUAUGAAGAGAGACACAUGUGGAUCCCGGCCUUCAUGCGCGAAUACUUUUGGGUCAGGAUGAAGACAACACAACGUGUGGAGAGCAUUAACAAUUUCUUUGAUGGGUUUGUUAAUCGGAAGAUGAAACUUUGCGAAUUUCCUAUGCGAUACACCAGGGCAAUGACAAAGAGGGUCCAGGAUGAGAAUGAAGCAGAUGCAAAGGCAACAAAGUACAUUCGGCGACUUGUUAGUGGUUUCCGACAUGAAGCAUUUUUCCAAAAGAUUUACACUGAUGCUAAGUUCCAGGAGAUUCAAAGAGAACUAUCCCGAUUGAUGUAA